AUGUCCGCCACCGGCUGUCCGAAGGGUCUUUUGCGGCAGGCCAGUGCGUUGUGGUCCAUGAUGGACGAGCUUUCUCAGAAUGACCCCGGAGCCUACCGGAAACUGAUCGAGAAGCAGAUGAGGGAAGGAGCGGAAUUCAGCGCGCCGCCCCGGCUUGUUUCUGGCUUGCGUACUGAGAUAUUGGAGCCCAGAGGGGGGCCGCUGUACAUCAACAUAUGCAGCUGGAAACGCGUCCCUGCACCCCUGGAUGGCAGCCAGCCGGUGCCUGUAUGCGGAGGACCACCUGCAACAGACGAGGAUGAAAGCGGAGAGUGGUUCACUGUGAUGGAUGUGGCCUUAAACCCCGCCGUGCUGCAGGAGUGUAAGACAGACAGCAGAGAGAUGGACCAGGUCUGCCUGCUGGCCAUGAGCUUCGCCCAGCAGCAGCAUAAGCUGAGGUUAUCUCAGCGGUACACCGUCACCGGAAACCGCCCGAAGAGUAGCCCGGAGGACGUGUAUCGCCGCCUGGGGUUCAGGCAGCGACCUGACCCUUCAGCCACCAGCGUCAGACAACCCGACACAGUGAUCAGUCAGACCCCAGCCUCCCUUUUACAGCAAAUCUCCUCCCUCCACGUGGAGGAAAGUGAGGUGGAACCAGCACGCCGUCUCAUUUUUGAGUCUGUUGGGCCCCCAAAAGAGAACCUGAUCCAGGUAAUCUCCAGCACGCCCACGGCGCCACGCCAGACACCAGAGUUCAAUCUCAGAGUGAAGGAUGAAGCCGCGGGUGUCUGCCGCAGCGUGGAGCUGACGGUGGAGCUGCCGAAGGUUUCCUCAACAGCCGACUGUCAUCUCAGCAUCUCACAGGAUGACGUCUUACUGGAGGUGGAGGAUCUCUACCAUCUCCUUUUGGAGCUCCCAGAAACUGUGGAUGAGGAGCGCGCUUCUGCCACCUUUGACAAGAAGAAACGACGGCUGACCUUGACCGUAGCUUGUCUGUGACGUCUUCCCAUCGGUAGGAAAUCUG